AUGGCUCCAACUUCGAGGAAACAAACACAUUGCGCGGCUGUCGAUCGACCGUUGGGCCGCGUGGGUGUCAACAGUUCAGAUACUCAGGACACUCAGCUCCACCCUGACAGCGAAUGCUCUGCCACAGAGGAGCCCACAACUACGAUUGUGCAUGCCUUGGCCAAGUUUCAAGCGAUUCUGAAUUGCAAACUCGAUGACUUCGACACCUACAACGACUUCUAUCUUGCUUUCAACAAAGCGGUCAACGAAUUCGAGGCCUUACCGGGCUCUGAGAAGCUCCACGAACAAAUCAAAUUUCUCAUGUUCGCCUCAAACCUCGGCCCUUGGUUUAGACCAUGGAUCAACUUCUUGUCCGAGUCCCGCAACCUCGUCGGAAUCGGCUCUAAGAAGGGAGAGAGGGUCGGAUUCCACCAAUUCGACAGAGAAAUCCGCAACUACGGCCUAAACGCCGCCCGACACAAGUUCUGGGAGAAGAGGAUCCAGUGGCGAAGUCAUGGGAGACUCGAGAUUAUUGACAGCACCGGCUGGAUCCCCAAGUGGCUGCCCACUGAUGCCAAUGCCGAGUUGAGAGUGUACCCAUCCCGAGCCCCUUUCACGCCAUACAUAAUCCGCAAGGGUCUGUUUCUUGAUGCAUCGGAAAAGUUCAAAGACUUGAUAGAGGGAGACCGGCUCUCACUUGCAUACCAGCCUCGAGUCGUCCACGUGUUCGUGGUGUGGCUGCGGUACGAGACGCUCCUCGACCCCGGGCGUACGCUCGAUGCCGGCACGUAUCUGGACGUCCAUCUCCCGCCCGACUUCAUCUACGACGCCCUGACCGACCGGGAUCUCGCCGAUCUCUUCAUCUUUGCCUCGUUUCACGACAUCCGUACGUUGCGGAACGAUGUAAUGACCCAGUUGAUCCUCCAGCACUAUGUUUACGACGACAUUGUUUCCUGUGACAUUAUCACCCGCGUCCAAAACGCCUUGUUGCAGCGGAAGAACCAUUUCGUCGAUUUCGCCAUUACGGACCUGGCACGACUGUCGUGGGACGAUCCGGACAUGCUGCCAGAUGAACUUGGGACGCUCGAUCGCAAGCUGCUCGCAGACUUGGUCGGCCACUCCGCUUUUUUCGCAAGGGCCGCCACAACAGACGGAGUAGCGUUCUCGUCGGCGGAGAAGGUCUGUUUCUUUCACGAUCACCUCGAGGGCGGGUUGCGGAAAUGUCGCAGGAAACAGAGGCGGCUGGGGCUACCUUGCAUGUUCGAAGACGAAUAA